GGACGUCGAAUCACGUGUGAGGGCUUCCAGGUCCUGGGCCAAGUUUCUUCGCGUCAGACCACAUCCACACACACGGGGAUUCAGGCGUAGGCUGCCCACGCGGCCCAGCCCAACCCGACCCAACCCACCCCGCGCGCGCAUCUCCGCUCCACGCUGCGUAACCAACUCCUUAGCGAGGAUGGACUGGGAGCAGACAGGAGGCAUGGGUAGAUGUUCCGUCUUGAAUUGACCGAAGGCGCAGACGAGGACCACUUAAAGCGACUUCUUUGACUUCAGUCCGUGAUUCUUCUUUUCAGGACGAACUGGUUUUAUUUGAUCACUUUCGAGCAAAGGAAAGACACGCACUGUGUGGAGAGGAAGAGAGAAAAAAGAGAGAAAGAAAGAAAAAAAGAAAGAAAGGAAAAGGGAAGGUCCAGGUUGCUGAGAAAGGCUGGGUGCGCUUGAACGUCGGAAAGUCGCGGACCAUGCUUAUGGGAACUCCCGAUUCUGUCUUGAUAAGAGUGGCUCUGCCUGAUGCUCUAUCAUGACUGAUGGCGAAGGGAGAGUGCGCUUUCAGUACGAAGAGUGCCUGGAGCAGGGCGAGGUACAGGAGGACGUGAGGCUUUCUGUAUCGGCGGGCCACAGGACCGACGCCCCAGACCACAAUGGUGACCCAGAAGGACAAAGAGGAGGAGGAGGCAAGGAAGAGGAGCAGAAGCAGCAGGAGGAAAAGAAGGAGGUGGUGGAGAAGAAGAGGAGAGGGAGCUGUGGCGGUCGAGGAGACAGGAGAGACGAGUGGAGUGUGGAAGUUCAGGAAUGUGAGGAGGACCAGGAGCCAGAGCUGGAAAUGGAAGCUGGGCCUACACUGGGAGUCCGCAUCACAGCUCCAAUCCGCGACCCGGACUGUGUGUCCGAGGAGGAGGAACAGCAGCCGUAUCCGGCCCUGGCACCUGUGGCCUUCUUCUGCCUGAAACAAACAACAAGGCCCCGCAACUGGUGUUUGCGCAUGGUCUGUAACCCGUGGUUCGAGCACGUGUCCAUGCUGGUGAUCCUGUUAAACUGUGUGACUCUGGGGAUGUUUCAGCCCUGCGAGGAUGUCAGCUGCCAGUCAGAGUGGUGCCGCGUCCUACAGGUGUUGGACGAUUGCAUCUUUGCUUUCUUUGCGGUGGAGAUGGUCAUCAAGAUGGUGGCCCUUGGAAUAUUUGGCCCCAAUUGUUACCUCGGCGACAAGUGGAACCAGCUCGACUUUGUCAUUGUCAUGGCAGGGGUGAUGGAGUAUUCUCUGGAUGGCCACAAUGCCAGUCUGUCAGCCAUCCGUACAGUUCGAGUGCUUAGGCCACUGCGGGCGAUCAACAGAGUGCCAAGUAUGAGGAUCUUGGUGACGCUGCUGCUGGACACCUUACCCAUGCUGGGAAAUGUGCUCCUUCUCUGCUUCUUUGUCUUUUUUAUCUUCGGCAUUGUGGGAGUCCAGCUGUGGGCCGGACUGCUGCGUAACCGCUGCUUCCUGGGAGAAGACAUAAUAACACUUUACAACCAGUCCAUUAAUCCUUACUACAUGUCUGAGGAAGGUGAAGACAGCCCGUUCAUCUGCUCAGCUCCCCGGGAGAACGGGAUGCUGCGCUGCCGUGACGUGCCGCCCACCACCCAGGGAGCAGAGAAUUGCUCACUUCCUGCUCCCCACCAAAGUUCUGUUCUGAUUGGUUCACCACCUGGAGUGGGCGGGUCAAGCAACAGCAACUGUGUUAACUGGAACCAGUAUUACAACGUCUGCCGCCCCGGGGACCUCAACCCCCACAAGGGAGCAGUUAACUUUGACAACAUUGGCUACGCUUGGAUAGCCAUAUUCCAGGUCAUCACACUGGAAGGAUGGGUGGACAUCAUGUAUUAUGUCAUGGAUGCCCACUCCUUUUACAAUUUUAUAUAUUUUAUACUGCUCAUUAUUGUGGGCUCUUUCUUCAUGAUCAAUUUGUGCCUCGUGGUCAUCGCCACCCAGUUUUCUGAGACAAAGCAAAGAGAGAACGCCCUGAUGAGGGAGCAGCGUGCUCGCUUCAUGUCGAAUGACUCAACUCUGGCCAGUUACAGUGAGCCAGGCUCGUGCUAUGAGGAGAUGCUACGAUAUAUUAGUCAUCUAUACAGGAAGUUCAGGCGCAGGCUGCAGAGAAUGUACUAUGGAUGGCACAGCAAACGACGCAAAAAGGUCAACCCUAAUGGCAGUGGGAUUGGCAGCAACAGUGGUGGAAAUGGACACGGCCAAGGUUCCAGCAGGGGAUCGGGACCUGGCACUGCACUGUGGCUGAGGCCAAUUCAUAACCUCCUGCAGCACCAUCAGCACCAACACUGUCACCUCAGCAACGGUGGGCAGCACACAGCGAACGCUGCCAUUUCUGAGCACAUGGACCAGGGAGGCCACGCUGAAGGAGUGGAGGAGCUGGAGAUGAAGACCCUUUCUGUUCCGAGGGGAAGUACAAACGGAAGCGGCGGCGAGAAUCCUGCUGUCGUCUCUCAGGGAAUGGGAGCGCUGUUCGGUCGACUCAAUGGAGGCAUGAAUUAUCCCACCAUUCUGCCAUCUUUUGUGUGCAGCUACAGCAGUAAAACACCACCCCCCCACUCGAAGCAGUGCGGGCGCAGUCCGGAGCAACACCCAUUGAACCACCCGGCGUCUGAGCACACAGAGCCGUUGAACAAGCUUUACCAGCUCAUGGGGCAGCACAGUCGCCAGAGGCUGUUGAUCCAGCUGGCAGGCGUCGUGCCCAGCCCUCUGCUUCUGGAGCUACUUAGCUGCCCUCUAUGUGCCCGCAGCCUUGAGACCCUGGAACUGGAACUAGGAGACCUGGAGGGGGGCAAAGGAGAGGCUGAUGGAAUCCGCGACUUUCAGCAGGGGGGCGAUCGACGAGGAUUCAGAAGUUUGUUCCGACGCCGUGGGGUUGUUGCGUGCAGAAACGGAGCCGUCCAGGCCUGGAAAGACUUCAGGGAAAAAUUGAGGAGAAUAGUGGAAAGUAAAUACUUCAACCGGGGGAUUAUGAUCGCCAUCCUCGUCAAUACCCUCAGCAUGGGUAUAGAGUACCAUGAACAACCUGAUGAAUUGACUGAUGUGUUGGAGAUUAGCAACAUUGUUUUCACCAGCAUGUUUGUGCUGGAGAUGGGCUUCAUGCUGCUGGCUUUUGGGUUGUUUGGAUACAUCAGAAACCCUUACAACAUCUUUGACAGCAUCAUCGUCAUCAUAAGUGUGUGGGAGAUAAUAGGUCAAGCGGAUGGAGGUUUGUCAGUCCUGCGUACAUUUCGCCUGCUGCGAGUGCUGAAGCUCGUACGUUUCCUACCUGCCCUGAGGAGGCAGCUGGUGGUGCUGAUGAAGACCAUGGACAAUGUGGCCACCUUCUGCAUGCUGCUGAUGCUUUUCAUCUUCACUUUCAGCAUACUUGGCAUGCAUCUGUUCGGAUGUAAAUUCAGUCAAAGAAUGGAAAACGGAGACACCAUUCCUGAUCGCAAAAACUUUGACUCGCUUCUCUGGGCCAUUGUCACUGUAUUCCAGAUCCUUACCCAGGAGGAUUGGAACGUGGUGCUGUACAACGGCAUGGCUUCUACCUCUCCAUGGGCAGCUCUCUACUUUGUUGCUCUCAUGACGUUUGGCAAUUAUGUGCUCUUCAAUUUAUUGGUCGCCAUCUUGGUCGAAGGCUUCCAGGCUGAGGGUGAUGCCAAUCGAUCAGAGUCAGACGAUGAAAAGAAAUCUGACAAUUUUGAUGAGGACGACAAAGUCGAACAACUCAGAGACACAGAGCUUAAGAUGUACUCUCUGAUGAUGACAGCCAAUGGUCACAUUGACCCUCGUGGCGCUAUGGCUCCUCCCAUAAUAAUGCACACAGCCGCCACUCCCAUGCCAACGCCGAAGAGCUCCCUAGGGCCGGAGUCCAUCUUAGAGGAGGAGCUCAUGUACAGAGAAGGGAUAACUCAACAUGGAGAAGCUGGGCUGGGUGUUUCUGAGACAGGAAGUGGCCGCGCCGAGUCUCGGCGUGGAAGCUCAGCAUCCAUGGACCCAGCAGCCUAUGACCAGCAUUCUUUAACUCUCUCAAGCCCUGGACGACGCUCACCUCUCCCUCUCCGCGGUUCCAUCAGCUCAUGGGGAAGUCGCCGCUCCAGCUGGAACAGUCUAGGGAGAGCACCGAGCCUCAAAAGGCGAGACACCAGCGGAGAGAGGGAAAGUUUACUGUCUGGAGAAGGCCGCGAGGAGGAAGAGUGCCAAGAACAAGAGGAAGCUGGGGUGAACAGCAGAGUAAAUCCGGAGUCCUUGGAACCGCUGCAGGCAUCUUCUCUCUGCCCUACCAUAGUAGCAGAGUAUGGCGACUGCAAUGGGAGGACUGUGACAUAUGACCCAAAUGGAAACUCGGACCCCAAAGAUGACUUCACGUCGGAGGAUGACUUAGAUGAAGAUAGUCCUUUCUGCUACUGGGUCAGGAGGGAGCUCCACAAUAUGAAGCCCCGCUGGUGUAAGGAACACGAGAGCUGGACGCUCUAUCUGUUUGCACCGGAGAACCCAGUCCGUGUGUGGUGCCAAGCUGUGAUCACUCACAAAUUUUUCGACCAUGUGGUUCUGGUUUUCAUCUUCCUCAACUGCAUCACUAUCGCUCUGGAGAGGCCUGAUAUAAAGGCUAACAGCACAGAGCGAGUAUUUCUAAGUGUGUCCAACUACAUUUUCACUGUGAUCUUUCUAGCAGAAAUGGCCAUCAAGGUUGUUGCUCUUGGUUUCUGCUUUGGGAAUCAAACCUACCUUCAGUCCAGUUGGAACGUUUUGGAUGGAGUGUUGGUCUUUGUGUCUCUGGUGGACAUUCUAGUUUCUCUGGCCUACACCGGCACCAACAGGAUUCUGGGGAUUCUCAGAGUCCUUCGUCUUCUACGCACCCUUCGCCCUCUGAGGGUGAUCAGUCGCGCCCCCGGUCUGAAGCUGGUCGUAGAGACACUCAUCACCUCUCUGAGACCUAUUGGGAACAUUGUAUUGAUCUGCUGCGCCUUCUUCAUCGUGUUUGGAAUCUUGGGGGUCCAGCUGUUCAAAGGAAAGUUUUACCACUGUGAGGGUCUGGACACAAAAAACAUCACUAACAAGUCAGACUGUGAACUUGCCAACUACAAGUGGAUACGAAGGAAGUACAAUUUUGACAACUUGAUUCAGGCUUUGAUGUCUUUGUUUGUGCUGUCGUGUAAGGAUGGUUGGGUCAACAUCAUGUAUGAUGGACUAGAUGCAGUCGGAGUGAAUCAACAGCCUGUGAGGAACCACAACCCCUGGAUGUUGCUCUACUUCAUCUCCUUCCUGCUCAUCGUCAGCUUCUUCGUCCUCAACAUGUUCGUCGGUGUCGUGGUGGAAAACUUCCACAAGUGCCGGCAGGACCAGGAGGAGGAAGAGGCCCGUUUACGGGAGGAGAAGAGGCUCAAAAUGAUAGAUAAAAAGCGCAGGAGUAAGGAGAAUGGAGGGGCUGAGGCCAAGCAGAGACCGUACUACGCCGACUACUCUCCUGUGCGCCUGACCAUCCACACUCUGUGCACAAGCCACUACCUGGAUCUCUUCAUCACCUUCAUCAUUUGUAUCAAUGUCUUCACAAUGAGCAUCGAGCACUACAAUCAGCCACAGUAUUUGGAGGAGGUUCUGAAGUAUUGCAACUACGUGUUCACCAUUAUCUUUGUCAUCGAGGCUCUGCUCAAACUUGUGGCCUUUGGCUUCCAUCGGUUCUUCAAAGACAGGUGGAAUCAGCUGGAUGUUGGAAUAGUUGCCUUGUCCAUUAUGGGAAUCACUCUGGAAGAACUGAAAAUGAAAGCUGCUUUGCCAAUAAAUCCUACCAUCAUCCGAAUCAUGAGAGUGCUGCGCAUUGCACGAGUCCUAAAACUUCUAAAGAUGGCAAAGGGAAUGAGAGCUCUCCUGGAUACUGUCAUGCAAGCACUGCCGCAGGUGGGAAAUCUUGGUCUCCUCUUCAUGUUGCUCUUCUUCAUUUAUGCUGCCCUGGGAGUGGAACUCUUCGGCAAACUGGAAUGCAGCGACAGCAACCCGUGUGAGGGGCUGAGCCGUCACGCAACAUUUGAGAAUUUUGGGAUGGCCUUCCUCACACUGUUUCGAGUUUCCACAGGAGACAACUGGAAUGGGAUUAUGAAAGACACUUUAAGAGAAUGCCAGGAAAAAGAAAUCAACUGUUUGUCUUACCUACCCUGGGUGUCUCCGAUUUACUUUGUCACCUUCGUGCUCAUGGCCCAGUUUGUUUUGGUCAACGUGGUGGUGGCUGUUUUAAUGAAACACCUGGAGGAGAGCAACAAGGAGGCAAAAGAAGAUGCAGAGAUGGAUGCAGAAAUUGCACUAGAAAUGGAAGUGGAGAGGCAACGCAGACAGAGCACCGGAUCCAACAACAGCUCAGUGGGAGGAACUUAUAUUGGACCAUGCCCGAAUUCACCUGAAGAGGAGGAAGAACAGCAGUGCAAUGACCAGGACCUACUGUCUUCAGGCAAGAUGUCCGUAUCCAGGAUGCACUCUCUGCCAAAUGACAGCUACAUGUUUCAACCUAUUCGCCCUGCUAGCGCCCCCUACCCCUUAAAGAAGGUAGACGCUAGUUCCCAGCACGAGCAUGCGGUCUCAGUGAUGUCGAUCCAAUCCCAGCCCUGUGAGAGCCGCUCUCUGCUGCAGGUUCCAGACGCUUCCCCUACUCACCCCCAGUCGACUCCCACCCUCACUUUGCCCCGCAUUGCCCCGCCAACACCGGGCCCCUCACCACGGGCCCUGCACAGACAGGGGGCAGUUAAAGUUGAUUCUGUGGAGUCCCAAAGCUGUGAGCAACAGGAGAGGUCCAGUUCGGCCCAUCUGCCUCCCCAAUCCCCAUUGUCACUCUCCCCACUGCCUCCUUUGCCCCCCUCCCCAUCUGCCCUCUCCUUCCACCCAUGCACGCCAUCUCCCUCCUCUCUUCCUCCGUCACCAUCUUCCCUCCUGCCUCUCCCGUCUCCUCCGUCUUUUCUCCUGCCUCCACCUCCCUCACCGCGUCUGCCCUCUCGCUCCAGCAGCCUCCGCAGGCCCAGGGCUCCGUCCGCCGUUUCCCUCUCUGACCCGGCCGACGCAGAGGUGUAUCACAUUACCGUCUCGGCUCGCCACAGGGGGAGGGACGCAGAAGGAGGGGAGCAGGAAAACAGACGCAAGGCAGGUCGCAGCCACUCACUGUCCCCUUACGCCUCGCCGCACUCUCUCGAUUUGAUCCCCAUGCUGCCUCCUCCGUCCAACAAGAGCACCCUCAGUCUGCACGGGGCAGGAUCAAAGGACGUCAAGAAAGGCUUCAGUGUCGACCACCACGGCUUCCUGGAGAAGCCUCAAUUAGAACUGGCGGGUCACUCGGAUGACCAGCGGCGCCACUCGAUCGAGGUCUGCCUUCCGCAGGCCGUCAUAACCACCGACAGCCAAAACUUUAUGCUGGAGACUCAUCGAUCGGAAAAGGGCGCUCAGGCCUUUCCCAUGAGGGUGCAAUCAGUCGGCGGCAGGCAGAGAAAGAAGAAGUCGAGCCCUCCCUGCAUCUCCAUCCACCCACCCCCAGAGAGGGAACAGCGCUUGCUUCCCUCGCCCCCGAAACUGGGCGACUGCAGCAUGACGCUGAGACGCAGGACAUCUUCCAACGACUUCACAAAGCACUCGCAAGACACACCUGCAGAAUCGCAGCUCCGCGCACACAUGCAGACACCUCUGACGCCGAUUCCCGCGCCGCUGCGGCAACAUUCGCCGACACACACACUGACCCCGUCGCAGGGAUCCACUCCGACUCACGCCCAGGCGCACACGCCACCUCCUACUCAGAUUCCCAUCAGCCCAAACGUCUUCAUCCAGCCCCACGCACCCCUCCUCCCAACCGUUAUGCCUUUCUCACAGACGGUCGCGAGGCACUCCCCACUCACAGGAGACUGCAUCCCUGUCCCCCGAUUCACCUUCGAUCAACCGCAGUCCAGGUACACGGGCGAGCCCGAAUCUGUCGCUUGCUCUUCCCCUUUCGACAACCGACUGGGAAGCAGUCCAGGUUUCAGCGCAAAGAAUCGGAGGACCGCCCAGUGAACUCUCAGAGUUGCAUUCAGGAGAUGAAUUAUUCAGUUUGAAAAGUCUCUACAGCUGGAGUAGAAACCUCCCCUAACCGUCAUCUGACCUCAGCAGUGUUUGGUGUUGACAAAGGAAAGAGAGGUUAUUUAAUUUGUCUUUGUUUAGUUAUAAAAAGAAAAGACAUUGAUUCCUUCCAGGAAAACAUGGGAAUGAACUCCUCAUGAUUAAAACAGAUGGCGGGAUACAUUUUUUUCUUGCUUAAAAAAAAAAAAAGGGAAAAAAAGAAUCCGCCAAGGCUGGACAUUUCUAGUAUCACUCACUGUAGUGUGUCGAUGGCUGAUCCCCUCACCACACAACAGGACUGAAGCCACCUUACUCUGUAGCCAAAGUUUUUUUCACACACUGUCCUCACCCACGCGAGCCAAUCAGGAAGCAGCGUCUGGCUGGUGACCGCCGACCCUUUUUGUUUCCUUUUUUUUGCGUUGUUUUCUUUUUAAAUAGGGUAGGCGGUUUGUGAAACGCGAGCGUGGGAGGGGGAACGGUGGGAUAUGCAACUUCAGGUUUUCUGCAGAUGUUCUGCUCGCCCCUUCUCUGCUCCUCGAUCACAUUGAUCAGAGAGGAAAAGUGUAAAUGCGACGUGCGAGGUUUCUGUCGAGUCCAUCGUCACCGAAGUCGAAAUUGCUCAUUCUCGCGACGACAGAGAGGGGGAGCACGGCAGAACUGUAGUUUUUUUUUUUUCUUUUGUCCACGUGUAAAUAAAAGGAAAAAAAAUGUAUUUGGUGAGAUUUAAAGAUAGCUCUAUCCAUAUGCACAUAUUUUUAUAGAGGUCUAUAAUGUUUUUGCACACAGAUUUGAAUUUCAAGUUGCUCGUAUUUCCUCUGUUGUCCUCUCGUGAAUGUAUGUUUCUUCUAAAAGAUCCAGCGAGAGUGGUGAAGGCGAUUGAAUCUCCUCUCAAACUGCAAGUCGAGGUCGAGGGGAGGGACUUUAUUUUUCUAUUUUGACGAAGCAUCAGAGGAGAGAACUGGCGUGUGAUGUUUUUUUCUGUAGUUUUGUCUCAGACUUUUGUGUACGUGGUGUCUCAAUAACAGUCUGGGGAAGCAGGCUCAGUGGUGCAAACACGUAAGUUUUUGGUGGAUCUAAACCAUAAAGAAAAAAGAUCUUGAACAUUUGAAGAACAAAAAAUUCUAGGGAAGCUUUGCACUGGUUUUUAAAAAAGUUAAUUUCAGAAUUAGGGAUUUUUCAGUAAAUUUUAGAGGACAAAAAGCCGUACUGUGUUGUCUUUAGGAAAACACAAAUACCUAAUCUACUAGCACCUGCAAUGCCUUGUAAAACAUUUAUAUUCAUUAAACUUUUUCACAUAAGUCCAGUUUUCAGUUUGCCACAAGCUACGUAAACAUGGAAGGAAGCGCAUUGAUCAGACAACACAUCGCAUUAGCCACUUUCCCUACGGUAAAACAAGGCGUGGUAGCAUCAUGCUGCAGGGUUUAGCCUUUCAGUAUAGCAAAAAGAAAGCUGUUGGGAGUUAAUGGAAAGAAAAAGUUUCUAAAAAUAAAACCUAUUCGAGACUAAUAAUUAAAAAUGCACGCAAAGCAACAAAAGAAUGGUUUAGAUAUGCCUACAAGAAUCAAAGUCCAUACCUAAAUCAAACUGCGAAUAUGUCAAGAUUUGACAACUUGCGUUUAAAAACACUUCUGUUCAAGACUGCUUGAGCUAUUUUAUUACAAACGAUAAAAGAAGCUAGUAGAAAAAGACUUGCAGUGCACCAACAAAAAGCCAUUAUGAAACAUCGAUGUUGGUGAACGUAAAGUGACAAAAUGUGAAAAAGUUCAAGGAGCGUGUGUAAUUUUGCAAUGCAGGGAAAAUACAAAGAAAUUCAAAGUGGCAUCACUGAGCCUCUCUUCUGCUGCUGUGCUUCGGCUGGAUCAGCUCUGACACCUGUGUUUCUGUACAUCUAAAGACAACCAAACUAACUUUCUAAAUAUGUGUAGCCAGAGUGCAAUAAUAAUAUAUAAAUAAAUAUAUAUAUGUGGAAAAUAUAGUGACAUCCACACUACAUAAGACAGCCACAUCCUCGUAUUCAUACAUACUGUAGAACUGUUAUAAAUACAUGAUAUAAGAUGAUUUUUUUACAUGACGGUCGAGGGAUAUUACUAUUUCUAGCGGUCAUGCUGCUGUAGGUAUGCAUGGCCUCGUUAUGGCUGUGAUGGGGCGGGUGUGGCCGUAGGGUUUGGUACUGCAGUUUUGUUUUUUUUCCCUCCAAAAGCUCAGGCCCACCGGCCUGGGGUGUUACUGUAAGCAGAAGAGUGACGAGCAUCUCUACUGAGGACUCAAUAAGCCAUUUGCCAUUCCACUUUUUCUCUUUCCUUCCUCCUCUCUAGACUAGCAUUUCAUCUUUCGCAAUGGAUCAUACUUAUUUUCCACGCCAGAUGAAAUAAAGCCACAGCUUUCCGACAAACCACACAAACUGUUCUGGUGGCUGAAUAUUGUCGUACAGAGCCGUACUUCUGCUCUGACGCAGCACAAUAUGUGUUUUGAUCCAGUUGUUUUUCAGCUCAGUCUUGUUUGGCAUAUAUGUGCAUGAGACGUACACUUUAGUUAUUUCAAAAGUCUAAAGACAGCUGGCUGGGACAGCGUUGUUUAUUCCAUGAUGCUUUAUUUUUAUUUUCAUUCUCUUUCUCAUUGUGCUUUAUUUCGAAUGUCUUGCGGUGAUCAGCAUGGAGCAUGCACAAGUCCUCAGCGAUCUGAGAGAAAACCAAAGUGCUUUGAUGCUGUCUCUGAUCAAAUGAAUUAGAAAUUUGAAAAUAGCUGUUUACAAACCAAAUCAACACAUUAAAGGGUGAAUAUCAUCAUGUUUUUUUUUUUUUUUUUACAACUUUUUAAAUUCAGUUAUGUUCAUAAGCAUACUGUAGCUAUGUUUAUAUAGCUAUGUCCAAAACUCGAGAUUUGGACGAAAAAUGCCUCUGAAAGUAGCUGAAAAGUGAUGACGUCACAUUUUGAAAAUCCAAACUCAGCCAUCAGUUUCUAUACCAAUGGCCAGGUAACACAGAAAUUGUGACAGCAAAAUUUCAAGCUUAAACUCAAGCUCUGAAAUUGAAUAUUUCUGUGGUGAUUUACCCAGUCAACAGGAGGAAGUCACAUUUCUGCUGCUAGGCUGGGUGUACCUGUAAUUUGCCAUCGGAACAAGUUACAAAACAAUUCCAAUCGAAACCAACACAUCCAACACACUCUGGCAGUAUUGAAGUAGAUGUAAUGUCUGCUCUGGUUCUGACCAGUUUUGUCACUGUGGUGUCUUCUGCCGUCACUGGAAUACUUUGCAAGUUCUGCAAAUGAGACAAAGGACUGGUGGAGGGAAGUUGCUGAAAUUCUCACAUAUUGAUCAUUAGUCCGUGUUUCUUGAUUUUCAUUAUAUUUAUCUCUACUACACUAUAAAAGGAUAGAAAUUUUUAGUCAAUAUGUCAUCGCUUCUGAAAAGCCACUUUAAGCUAAUUCUAAACGUGGUUUCAGGAAAAGAGAGGAAGUACGAUGGACUCCUGCCUGUUCAGCAUUUGCAGAUUCAUAGAGUGAAGGAUUUUUUUUUCUGUGGAACGUAACUUAACAUUAUCCAUGAAAAAUGGGCCUUUUUGCAUAUUUUUCCAUAUCAGAAUCAGAAUUCCUUCGAUUGCCAUUGACAAUGAUGUGUUCCAAAGAAAAUAACGCUUGGAGUGCUAGAACACCUACAGGCAACUCAACUCGACAUGCUAUUGGCUGGCAUUUGCAAAGCACUCAAUCCUGAUCCACCAUUUAUUUUUGCUAAUUGGCUACAAAAUGCAGAGACAACAAAGACUAUAUAGGUUUAUACAGUAGUGCUAAGAUGGCUUCUACUGCUAAUAUUAAUGCAUAUUAUGGCAUAUUUUGUGUUUGAACUAUUAAAACAGGUAUGCCAUUUUAGAGGUGUCUUAAGUAUUUUCAGAUUUUAGUCAGUCAAGGUUGUCCCUAACCCCCGUGAAUACUGGGUGAGCAUUAUAAUUAACAUGUAAUUCAUCGUUCAUUCAGCUCCCUGAGAAGAAAAUGAGCCUCUGCUCGAGGGUGGGUAAAUGCACCGAAGGAACAUUUGGAGGGAGACGUUGACAUGAUCAACAGAUUCGCCCACAAUUUUCUGGUUCUGCAUACAGAACUUUGUGGUAUGUGCUCCUUCGCUGCAUUGCCAUAAGACAGCCACAAAACUGUUUGACUUGAUUGGUUUUGGAAAGCUCUUUGUUGGUGUUGUCAAGGGAAAAAAAGUCAGUUUUUUUCUUUUAAAAAAUCGGUGAGCCCUGCUAAUACGUAUGUUACGUCAUCUUCCACUUUUAGAAGUUACACCUUUCAAUUUUAGGGAGGUAGAUUCAAACCAGACUGUGAAAAAUUUAUAUUUGAGACACUUAAUAUUUAUAGGUUUUCAGACUGUAAAAUAUGAUGACAUUUUCCCUUUAAGUAAGCAACGUCUCUGCUGGUUUGUGUUGUAAAAAUUGUGAAAAAAAAUAAAUAUUUCUUUUAAAAUCUUA